CAAUGGAAUUGUCUAAGAUUUCAAUAUUAUCCCUCAUUUCCCUCGUAGCCUUAGCCUUACUCCAUUCCACUCAUGCACAAAACUCACCCCAGGACUACCUCAAUGCCCACAACAGUGCUCGAGCCGCAGUGGGCGUCGGAGGCUUAACAUGGGAUCCCAAUCUAGCAGCCUAUGCACAAAGAUAUGCUAAUUCACAUUAUGGCGACUGCAACCUCGUGCAUUCUAAUGGCCCUUAUGGUGAAAACCUUGCAAAGAGCUCCGGCGACUUAUCAGGCACAUCUGCUGUGAACCUGUGGGUGGGAGAGAAGGCCUACUAUAAUUACAACUCUAACACUUGUGCUUCUGGCAGGGUUUGUGGGCAUUACACCCAGGUGGUUUGGCGCAAGUCGGUACGUGUUGGUUGUGCCAGAGUGAAGUGCAUGAAUGGAGGUACCUUCAUCGGGUGCAACUAUGAUCCCCGGGGAAACUAUGUUGGUCAAAAGCCUUACUAGGCUAGCUAUACUCAGAAAACCACAAUAUUACCACUACAACUAUAAUUCCAAGAAUAAAGUGAAAUAUGGACUGUGUCUCUUGUAAGAUCAUUCGCAUUUCGCAAUACAAGUAUAUAUGUUCAAUCUACUUAUAAACUUCAGUCAAGAACGACCAACUUGAUGAUUGGAAUAAUAAUUGCAGGCUGCUAUUUA